AUGCGGGUGCCAUCUUUACAGUGGGUUUCUCGCGUCUCCCAGUGCCCAUUCUGUUUUCCCGCAACUAUCAGCAACAAAGUUCCCGCACAUUUCACCCACGCUCGACCAUUGCAGAUGGCAGGGGAAAUUGCACCGACGAGGUUGACUGCUGGAGCUUCUCUGGUCGUUGAUACACUAGCACACAAGCCGCGAGGAAGCAAGUACGAUAUCAGUACUCUUAGCUCUGAGGAUUGGGUCGAAAUGGAAAUGGAAGAGAGACAACAAUUACAAGUUGAAUAUGAACUGGAAGAGACGCAGGUUCUGGUACGAAUAGAAGCGAAUCAAUCCGCAAUGGGGUCACGGCAGAUCGAACAUCGGGAUGACAACGACGACGACGGCAAUGACGAAGGCAGUGACAACGAGAGCGAAGAUGCUCUACCUACCGCCAAACCCGCACUGAGCACAAAUUGUACCAACCACGUUACUAUCAGAUUCAAACAGACACCGAGCGAUGGAAGUGCAAAGAUACUAUCCGCUGUUCGAGAGCAGAAUUCUGGCUGA